GUGGCCGCCGUCCAAGAGUCAGGUUCCUUCGUCGAUGGUCGACGUCCUCGUGGAACUGUCCCUGGAUCGUGGCAUCCACCUCCUGUUCCAACUGACGCCGGACGUUAACUUCAAGAAGCCCGGACGCUACAUCCUGCACAUGGCAUUCAGCUACCAGUUCUUCAUGGAGUGGACGAUGGUUCGCAAGCUGAUCAUCAGGGAGGGGCGGCUGCAGAGCUACUACGAGGUCAUGGCAAAAUUGCUGUCCGACAAAACACCAAGCCUCCAACUAAUCGAACGCGUGGUAACCAUUGACAACACACUGAUUACCGCUUCAUUACCAAAUGAGGGCGACCGCGUCAACAUGUCUUCCAACUACGUGCACUUCGCUGAUCUCAAGAACUUGACGGGUUCCCCAUCCAUGACGGGGAAAUUUCUCCACGCCGUCAACCGCCUCCUGCCGUCCGACCGACAGAUGACCGUAGACGACGAGAUCUGGGUUCACCACGGCGGCUACCUGCGCUACCUGGGAACACUCCUGGGCGAAAAUCCCGAGUCCGAGACGCUGAGAGGCUACGUAGGUCUGCUACUCGCUAGGUAUCUGGCUCCAGCGGCUUCCUCGAGCAUCGCCAGUGAGCACACGCCAAUCAGAGGGCUACCCAUGUUCUACAUGCUUGGUCACUGUAUCUUGAACGUCGUCGUCACCCUGCCCUACAUCAUGGGUGACCUCUUCGUUCGCUGGAGCCUCGAAGAGACCGAGCUCGCCGAGAUCAGCGACAUGGUGACGCUGAUCCGUAAUGCCACGCGUGCAGGCUUCCAGGGGAAAUCCUGGAUGGACCUGGACACCCGCACCAGAGCCGUGGACCGACUCGCUGAUCUUGGUAGAUUUGUGGGACGUCCGGAUAACCUUACCACCGCGGAGAUGUUGAACCAACACUACUCGUUUCUGGCUACGGCCGAAGGCCCCUACGCGACGAUGCUGGAGGUCACCAGAGACGCCGAAUCGGCGCGGAAGAAGGACCUCCUCAAGUCUCCAACGCCAUUCUUCCCGGCAAUCAACAUAGAACUGCCAACGAUCCUGGUGAACGCGUUCUACGUGCCCAUCUACCACAUCAUGGUCAUACCUCCGGCCAUCAUGUUCGCACCUUUCUACAAGAGCGGCCUGCCGCUGGCCUUCAACUACGGUAGCCUGGGUCACGUGAUCGGCCACGAGAUCACGCACGCCUUCGAUCCCGAGCUUAACCUCUACAACGCUUCGGGGCUCCGGGAGGACUGGUGGACUCCGGACACCCGCAAGGCCAUCGACGCCCGCUUGCAGUGCCUCAAGGACAUCUACAACCAGGUGCCCUGGGCGAGCGGGGUCAACUACGGAGACACGGCCGUCUCCGAGAACUUCGCCGAUUGCGGAGGCCUGGAGAGGGUGCACCGAGCCUACGACGCCCUCGGCGACCACUCUGUUCAGAAGCUUGGAGACAAGUCGUACACGGGCAAGCAGACUUUCUUCAUUACCAGCUGCUACAAAUGGUGCGCGAGUACACCACCCGCCAAAUACACGGAGGACAUGGUGAAAGUGAAAAUCUACUCGCCCAUGAAAAUGCGCUGCAAUGUGCCACUCAUGAACACGCCGGAGUUCGCGACGGCGUUCAGGUGUGCCGCGGGGACUCUGAUGAACCCAGAGAAGCGCUGCGACGUGUUCUGACCAAUCGCCAA